AUGGCAAACUGGCAUUUGACACGCGCUGUCGUUCAAAUCAGCCUGCUCGCCAAUAGCGAAGGAACUCGUCUCUUGCACUUUAUGGAAUGUCUGGAACACAAGGUCGGCGAGCACGACAUGAUUCACCCAAUCUACAGGACCAUGGCAGAACCACGACCACAACAACUUGCUACACUGGAACAAGUCAUACUCAAUACACUCACGGCACAUGACAUUGGCAUUCCAACCUGGGGGUGGAGGAGACACGCAGACAACGACAACAACCAUAAUAAGGAAUCCAUUGCUGACUAUCUCGAGAGAAUUAGAAACCGACGAGACUCCUCUCUUCUCAUCUUUUAG